UAUAACAGGCACAGAUGAGAUCAAAACAAAUCUUUUGAAUCUUGUUUAUUUUUAUUAUUUGGGACCGAAUGUGUGUGAAAGUAAUUAUUCUGUCCAUAUUACAUUUUUGCAAUGGACUUGGUGCAGUUUCUUGUGGUAGAAUAUUAACGGUUCAGUGUUUGAAUGUAUAAAACCGCUAAUAUUCCCGUUACUUGGUGUUCGUCAGUUCAUAUCCACGUCAGAAGUGAAUUGCUGAAAAAAUGGGUCGAUCUAAAGGAUAUCAGGAUUUAGAUGACAGCCACAUAAGGCCCCGGUCCCCGGGGCCGCCCAUGCCCCCACCUCAAGAGAUUGAAAUGGCAUCAGUCUCUGUUGUCCCUGAUGAUACUUUCACGGUAACUCAGGCAGUGAAUGCACUGGGAUUUGGUUGGUUCCAAGUUAAACUUUCACUCUUCACUGGACUGUGUUGGAUGGCAGAUUCUAUGGAAAUGACUAUAUUAAGUAUAUUGUCACCAGCUUUACAUUGUGAAUGGAAUAUUAGCAAAUACCAACAAGCUUUAACCACUACAAUAGUGUUCAUGGGAAUGAUGCUCAGCUCUACAUUCUGGGGUAACAUCAGUGACCGAUAUGGAAGGAAAACUGCUCUAAGUAUGUGUGGAGUAUUACUGUUCUACUAUGGUUUGCUAAGCUCUAUAGCACCAAACUUCCUGUGGCUGUUGUUUCUAAGAGGUCUUGUUGGAUUUGCUAUAGGAUGUGUGCCACAAUCUGUCACAUUGUAUGCAGAAUUUUUGCCAACGAAGCAGAGGGCUAAAUGUGUUGUACUUCUUGAUUGUUUCUGGGCGCUCGGAGCUUGUCUAGAAGUUGCUUUGGCGUUGGUAGUAAUGCCUACAUUAGGAGUGCACUGGCUCCUCGCUCUGUCAACCAUACCUCUAUUAUUCUUCGCCCUAAUAUGCCCUUGGCUUCCUGAAUCUGCAAGAUAUCACGUUGCUAGUGGUGAGCCAGAUAAAGCUCUGGCCACUUUAGAACAGAUAGCACAAGACAAUGGCCGGCCGAUGUUGUUGGGACGUCUGGUGUGCGACGACUCCGUAGGGAUAGGACAGCGCGGCCGGCUCAAGCAUCUUCUCAUACCGCAUCUCAGGAACACCAGCUUACUUCUCUGGUUUAUAUGGAUGUCAUGUGCAUUCUGUUACUACGGGCUGGUGCUGAUGACGACGGAGCUGUUCGAGACAGACCCCAGCGGCCUGGAGGAGCCCUGCGCCGCCGACUGUAGGCCGCUGCAGACCACAGACUACAUGGAUCUGUUAUGGACCACACUCGCUGAGUUUCCCGGUAUAUUCGCAACGAUAUUCAUCAUUGAAAAGUACGGUCGCAAGAAAACAAUGGCUACACAAUUCGUUAUAUUUGCGAUGUGCGUCUGUGUUCUAAUUUACAAUGGAAAUCGAACGUUCCUCACAUGCGUACUAUUUCUCGCUAGAGGCAUUAUAGCGGGAUUAUUUCAAGCUGCUUACGUGUACACGCCGGAGGUAUACCCGACGGCGCUUCGUGCAACGGCAGUGGGCGCGUGCAGUGCAGUCGCGAGACUGGGGGCCAUGGUCACACCAUACGUGGCACAGGUGCUAUUAAAGAACUCGAUAGUAAUAGCAACGAGUGUGUACUCUCUAGUGGCUGUAUUAGCGGCCGGCGCGUGCCUCGCACUGCCCAUAGAGACCAAAGGCAGAGAAAUGAGAGACACAGUCACAGUAACAAACUAGAUCAAUCUACAUCUGCGGAGAUUGUUAAAAAUAUAAAAAUUCUUGAAUGUAUUUGAUAUUUCAAAUAAAUUCAAGUACUUUUAUAUUUUUAAGUAAGAUAAUUAAUUUAAACAGUGUUAACAAUGUGCAUAUUAUGUACUGAUUUUAAAUAAUGUGCAUAUUAUGUACUGAUUUUAAAUAAUGUGCCUUCGAAAAAUAUGGGCAAUGUUCGAAAUUUGAAUCUCAUUUUUAUAUUGCGUUUACGUUUUAAAAUUAUAUUUUGACUACGUGUUCACUGUCUCGUUAGUAAGUCCAGACUUUAUUUAUGCCUUUUUGCUUUGUAUUUAGUUUUUUUUUUAUAUUUAUAAAUUUAACUCUACUUAUGUAUUCUUAUUUUAUCUUUUACUUUUUAUCAAUAUGUUUUUAUACAAAGUUGGUAACCUAAUUAGCCUUCAUGCAUCGAAUAUUGAAAAUGCCAAUGUAAUCUCAAUGUGGCAAAUUUCCUAAAGGAACAAUUUUAAAUUAUCAGAUAUUUUUAUAAAUAGUACUUAAGUGAAAAUGUACUAAUAAGGAUUGAUAUUAUUUAGAUGAAGUUGCUGAGUGAUCCAUGUUGAUUUUUAACUGAUUUAAACUAAGUAUGUAUAAUAUUUAUGUAGGUUCCAGAAGAACAUAAAUAAUGUUGACUACUAAUUUAAUUUUAAA